AUGUCGCACUCAGAGUUGAUCAGUGAUCUGGACGUUCCUGAAAAUCCGCAGCAUCCCUGUCAGUGUUCCGCGAUCAACAAUAUGGAUCCUAUAAGGACACCGAGGGACAGAGCGGAAAGGAACAUGGGCAGCACCAGGAUCCCCAACAAUUCAGAUCUCCCACGAAGUCUGGAGACCUUACAGAAUGCUUUCGAGCCGAUACGAAGAUUGGAGAGUCCCCACACGGAUAAUUCGCAGCUCAGCCUGGACAGUAGCAGAAGCGUUGACCUUCUGGAACAUCAAACGAAUAUAUCACCCAAUCCUAGAUCCGUCACUAAUCAGAGUUCGAUGUUAUCGCUUCACUCGCACAAUAUCUCCUGCAGUCCGCGCAAUCUAGACCUGUCUCGCAACCUGGCUUUCGAGGCAGCUCGAAGGGUCCAGGAAAGCUCAAACCUACAGGAUAAUCAGCACAGCUUGGCCUCCAGCCCCAAUCGUCUAGAAGUCGGUCCGAAUCUGUUUGAAGCGACCAGCAAAGAUCUGGAUAAACAACUGGAAGACGUUCAGGCCGGUUUGUCGUCGCAGAAGCAAAGCUGCAGCAAGGACAAGCUAAAGAACGUGCAGCAGGUGCUGAACCCGUAUCAGCAUCACCACGAGCCCACGGCGGUAGAACGUGGUGUACAUGGACAUUUUCAUGGAGACAUGCAUACCCAUAUUUACAAGCACGCUGAUAACUUCCGCAGCAACGCGAAUCUAGACGCUGGCGAGGGUCUGAUGGGCUUCCAGCAGCAUCAGCGACAGCAUACGCACCAUCACCACGGUAACACGAAAGCGAGCCAUCAUCACGGAUCCAACGUGCAUCACGCGCACACGCAGGCUAUGAGUGGAUAUCACCAUGGGAAUUUGGUGACGACAGGUCUCAGCCAUGUCCAUGGAAAUUCCGGUCUAAGUGCGUCUGGUAAGAAUCCUUCAUCUUCUGCGAUCAGUUCCGGUCCUAUCAACCAAACCAGCUCCACCCCGACUGGACAUCAUCAUCCAGCUUCGAUGCCCAUCGCGGCCACGAUAAAUCACGUAAACUCACCCCACAGUCAUCAUCGACUUGGCACCAGCACCGGUUUGACCCACCACACGAGUUCCGCUUUUCCCAGCGAUCAUCACGGCGCUUCCGGUGCUCUGAGCGGCGCGUCGUCCAACUCGAGCAUGAUGAACCACGGUGGAUCGCCCACCGUGCACCGACACGUAGUCAACAGCAGCCUGUCGACGACGCCUUUGGGUGGUCAUCAUCACGGCAGCUCAUCCGGGAGUCUAACCGGUCAGUCCAGCGUGAAUCAUCAUCAUGUCAGCUCCGGUAUAUCAUGUGAAUCGUCGUCGUCCAACGCCAAUACUAGGACUCAUAGCAGACUAGACCACGUUCACGAUCAUCAUCAUCACCUACAAGCGGUACACUCGUUGCACACGAGCCAUUCUGAUACUAGACCAAGAGAUCGCGCUCCUUCGAGCUUGGAUCAUCACGGACAUCAUCACGGUCAUGUGCACAAUCAUGGCCACCAACAUGGACAAAACGAUCUGAAGAAUGCGUCCCUUAUAGGCGCCGACGCCAUUCAGGUUUCGGCUCCUACAAAGAAUAAAUGUCAAUGUCACGUGGUGCAGCAACCCGGUGGAAAUAAUAGAGGAACGGAGGGCGAGAGUGACGGAGGCGUCGAGGUAGCAUCAAGAAUGCAUCAACCCCCUGCCCUUCCGCCACGACCACCGCCAAAACCGACAAGACGUUACGAGACAACUGCUACUAACCAAUGUCACACCGGCGAAGGCGGCUGCUGCAAGAAGUACGUUGUCCUUUGCUGCCUAUGCGGUGGGGUGAGUGCGGCGGUCGGCAGCCUCUUUUUGGCGGUCCAUGCGGUCCUCUCGGCCCACACGGCCAGUCUAGCGCUCUUCGAGACCGUGCCGUCUUACAUUCCUGGCAUUAUGUUGAUCCUGAUGGGACUUUUCACAAUGCUGCUGGCUAGGCGAAAGCAUAGAUACGGGCUUUUGAUGAAAGUCUGCGGUUCCGUGGGGGUGGUAUGCGCGCUGGUGUGCGUCCUCGUCACCGUCACCACCACGGUGAUCCACAUGUCUCGAUUGCAGAAUCUCCGCGAGUGCGUUUACACUGCGCGCGCGAGAUCGUGCACAUGUUAUGGUGCACCGGCAUCGAAGGGGGAUCCCGGUGUGCUGUUCGAGGGAACUCCUCACUGCGAAGCGGUGCACGGCGCGCUGUCGGACUGCCUGAGGGCCCUUUUCGGCGUCUCGGUGGCCGGUAUACUGGCCUGCAUAUUCUCGUGCAUGCUGGUGUACCAAUUGUUGAGUCACGAGAAGAAGAAGAUGUAUUGGGAACAGUUGGAGCUGCGAUGCCGGUCGUUGUACGGCCAGGGUGGCACCGUGGGACCACCAGCCGGCUCCUGCGGCUGCUGCAAUGAUUGCGGGGGUGCGAGCCCAUGGUGGGCCCAGACACCGGGAAAUCUGUACACGCCGAAUCCUGACAUGGCACCGUCCAGAAGAUGGCGAUUGCCUUGGACGAGAUCAAGAGGUCCAGCACCGAGUCCAGAUUCGAAUUACGGCUUCCAUACUCAGGCACGACCAACAGAAACCAAUGUGGAGAACGAAACAGGCCCUUACAGUGUUCUCAACUCGCAGUCGAGUGGUCCUUACUCUGUCUUAAAUACUCAAAGUGCUCCGUACACUCCGAGUACUGCGUCUUAUAGUGUUCUAGAAACGCCAGUGCCAUUGUGGGGACCACCACCUCCUUACAGUGAUCCGAACAGUCCUGCCAGACGACCACAAGUUGCCGAAUCGAGAGCCAGAAUCGCUAAAAGGAUGGAUAACUUCGAGAAUAAUGAAGAUCACAGAUCGAGAUCUGCAAAGCGUCCUUCGGACAAUUACGAGAACGCCGAGGAAAUUUCCAACAGCACGGACCCUGAGGGCGGGAACGAGGGCACCGUCAAAGGUAGGAGAGCCAGAAAGCCCCUCAAGGGCGUGGAGAACGGGGCAUUUCAGCAAGAAACGAAUCCCGGCCCGAAACAGUCCGAGAGCGAACUAUAUUUCGGUGACGUAUCCUCGUGCUGCGGACCCGAAAGUAGUUUUUACGAUCUGGCUGUGGAUAAAGAAGGCGCGGAGCAUCCGGAAGGCGUCGACUAUCUGGCUGCCAGGCUGGGCAAACGUCAGCUGUCGAAGCGGUCUCGACUGCCUCUACCCUUGCCCUCAGAGAGCGCUGAUAUCCCUUCCGACAAUUAUGCGAACAGCGAUGAACCGAGGAACGUGAGGGGUCCGUUUCUCGCUCCCGACGCGCAAUACGAGGUCAUCCAGCAGAGUCGCUACUCCUAUUACGCGUCGAAAGACGACGAGGAGCUGCAGGAGGGCCCAGCGAGUUCCGGUUACUUCCGGGAGGAUGAGGGCGAUAGGGUACGUGACAGGGACUACAGAGACUAUAGGAACGGCCAGGAAGACGAGACGCCGCAGUGUUGCUUGAGCGAUUCGACUACUUUGGACUCCGGCUGGCAGAGUGGCGAGCAACAACAAUCGGACGAUAACGUGCGACCGGUGAAUGUGUGAAUUUUAGACUCUCUCGUAAAGUUCCAGUGAGAAAAGCAGAUCGAGACGCGGAUGAUGCUCGUUUUCCCGCAGGAAACGUAUCACGCGAAGAACAAUUAGAUUGUGACGAGGGAAAUAUGACAAUAGUUUCUGACCUGUGAGUACGUAAUUUAAAUCAACUAUGUGUAGAUCUUGAAGGCGGCGAGCGAAAUAGAUGACUGAGAUUGCAGGAAUCUUUUCCUUUGCAUUCGAUUCGGAAUGAAAGAGCGGAAUUAGACGUGAUGAUAGCGUUCGAGCUUGGUAGAUGAGAUCCUAGUCGGACGGUUUAUGCACGAUAGUAGAUUUGCUUUUGAAAAAGGCAAUGUAGCUAAGAAAUUAUGAAUGCACCCAAUUUAAUUGGGAACGUGCGAAACACUGAAACACUAAAACACUGAGAGAUAUGAGAAUAAUGUGUAUAUAUCAGUUCAGAUUGUACCAAUCCUCUUUCUGUGAAAACAAAUGAAUAUUACUAACGAGAAUUCAAGAACAAUAUCUCGCAAUUCUUAAGUAACUGAAGUAGUCGUGACAUCGACGUGACAUCAUGACGUCACUCUCUUCCACAAAUAAUUAUUAAAUAGCUUAUUAAAUAAUGAUAAUUAAGUUCCAUUAUUUUUCAAGCUAACUGGUAAAAGUAGAACCUUGGCUGACGCGAUUAGUGGUGCGUACUUUUACGACUUAUUAUAUAUGUGAAUUGAAAUGUCAAACGUUUCGAUUCUCCUCAGUCUAGUAAUGUAAAUUACAAAGGUCGUACGCAAAUGCUAAUCUCGAUUUUGACGAGAACGAACUGCCAUUUCCUUCUUAAGAAGCUUAUCGAUUCAAUCUAUAAUCUAUAUGUACGUGUACAUUUUAAUUGAAAAUAGUGAAAUACAAGUAGAAUCAGAAGUGAUAAUUAACGCUGAUUCUUGAUAGAAUCUAAAGCAAUGUGAUCUGUGGUAAACAGUCCAGGCACACGAAAACUCGUGCUUAGCUCAUAAAUCGCCCAUCGAUGAUCACAAUUGACGAAGCGAGACGAAAAUCGGUCGUUUUGUGUUAAAACGUGAUCAGUUGUUGGGAGAAAAACGUUUGCCACGCGAAAGAAAAUACUCACGGCAAAUUCUGUGUAUUUUUGCUAAUUAAGCGAUGUUGCUCGUGUUGCUCGUAGUAACGAAUAACAGCAAGUAUAAUUAAAUAUAUUCAAGAGACGAGUGAAUGGACGAGAGCGCCAGCGAGAGAGAACGGAGAAGACAGUAAUAGUUUCAUAGCUGAAUUGUUGGUUGAAAGUGUAUUCGUGGAUAUCCGUGAACGGAUAAGUAUAUACGAUCGCAUUAUUAAGACGACAUCAACUUUAUGCAGUUGCUUUUUAUUUUAUACUAUUUAUUGUAAUUGAUUUGCUAAUAAGCUGCGAUACGUUUAUCAAAUAAUUUGCUUGAACUUUAUGUCGCGUGUUGGAGAUUGAGAUUGCCGAUACGCGGUUGUUCUUUGUUGAAUACGUGGUAGACCAUGUAUGUACAAAAGUGUGCUUUACUCUUGCCGAUUAGAUGUAUUAGCUGUAAUUCUCAAGUAAUCCCUGUCUCCAAGAUAUCAAUGAUCAAACGAUACCUUCGUAAUCGUAUGUUUAAUAAUUCAAUUUCGCGAUUAAUAAGUCGCAUCUUCUGAUGCCAUUUAGAUAUUUAAUUUACUCGUCUGAUUAAAUUAAAGAGAUCACGUUACUCGUGACUAAAGACGCUUAAGUCGUUUCACACUUUCGCUUUGAAAAUUCUGCACUUGAGCCCUUCGUUUGAUGAUUGCGCGUUAUCGUUAUCAGUGCUUUUACUGUCAAGUCGCUUCUUCUUCAAAUCUUGCGUCAUUGCGAGGGCGCGCACUCGCUUUCAGAAUUACAAUUCAGGCGGACCAAGGACAAUAUAAUAAAGAGACCGAUCGAAGUUAAGUAGCAAGUAGAAACAAUGUAAAUGAAAUGCAUAUUUUAUCAUAUGGAAGCGACGGAGUCAGAUUACAGAGCAGUAGCUUAAUGUCGUCUAAGUGAAUGAAGUGUACCUUAAGCGCGAGCCGCGAGUCAUAGCAAGUCCUGCGCGCCAUCGAACAAUGUAGUUGACGAUGAUGAAUGAUCAAGAAUAAAGGACGAUUUUGCGAAGAACGCGACACGACAAA